CAGUGCAGUUCCGGGUUGCUACCAUGGACCCCAGGACCCUCUGCUUCCUGUCCUGUUGCCUGCUCCUCUGUGUCAUUCCAGCUGACUUCCAGGAGCGUGGCAGGACUCCAAAGGCCCAGAAGGAGAAGGAUACCAAAGCGGCCAGCCCCGGUGCGGGGAAGCCCUCAGGAGCCCCAGGCGGGAGAAGACCCACAUCAGACGGGAGACAGAAGUCCCUGCAGAUGAAGACUCCUGUGGAGCCUGCAGCUCCCAGCCCACCGGCCCCCUCCAUCCUGACCCAGGUGGUAGGGCGGGGUCGCUUCCAGCAGGUGGGGGACUCUCUGAGCCUGAGGGCUGGGGAGUCCCUGGAGCUGCGCUGCUGGGGAAAGGCGGUCCACUGGAGGGUGCCUGCGUACCUGGAAGAGGAGGGUGAGGGGCGCCUCAGAAUCAGGCACUUCAGGCAGCACAGCAGGUUACAGCUGGUGAACUCCACGGGCGCAGACACGGGGGAAUACAGCUGCUGGGCCUGCCAGGAUGCCGCCUGCCUGAACGACCAGGACCGCCAGGGAAAGACCUUUAUUUUCUUCACAGACCCGGAAGAGCUCUUUGUCCCCACAGAGAAUUAUUAUGAAAUGGUACAGUUACGCAGCCAUCAGCCAGUCCUGCUUCCCUGCCAGGUGACCAACCCCCUGGCCCAGGUGACGCUGCAUCGAGAGUUCCCCCCAGAGGAGGUCCCAGUGGAUGGGACGGAUAUCUCCUUUGAUGUGAAGAAGGGCUUCACCAUCCACCGGCCCCGAGCUUCCUUGGCUGGCUCCCUCUUCUGCUUGGCCAGCCUGGGAGGCAUACGGCAAAUCUCCACCAAGUACAUGCUGAUCUACAUCAACUACCCAUCUUCGCCCCCCAAGCCCACCAUCCAAGCUUCGGCAGCGUCGGUCCUGCUGGGAGAGAACUUCAGCGUGACCUGCACGGUGCUGAGCAAGCCAGAGAUCGCCGUGGACUUCCACUGGGAGUACCCGGGGCAGAAGCUGGGCCGCCCCCGCUACGUCAGCGAGCGGGCCGACGUGGUGCGCCGGGAGGGCCAGGUACAGCAGGAGGCAGAGAGCACCCUGUAUGUGGAAGAGGCCCGGGCAGGGGAUGCUGGCGUCUACACCUGCCGGGCCACCAACCUUCAGGGCACUGGGACUGCCACCACCCGCGUCCAUGUGACCCGAAGCCCUCGGGUCUCCCCUGUCCCUUCCUAGCUCCCUCCCUGGCUGCAGGCAUCUGGGUGCAAAACAGUGGGCAGAAGCAGGUCACUGUGUAAACUUUGGUGUUUUUUAUGCCAAGAAGGUGCACCCAGAGGGCAGAGAGAACCCCACCCCUGAUCCUCUCCUGCAUCUACUUUUACCACUCACUUCAACCUCAUUGCCUCACUCCAAGCCCUGACCUGGUCUGAGAGCCAGCCUCCAUGCCGACCCCCGGUCCCAAGGCUGGGCAAAGCUGGGGCCUGUGGGACACCGGUACCCAAGGAGGGAUCCCAGAACCUGCCGAGUCACCCAGGUCCCAGGACUUACUCCUCCCAGAUGCCUGCCCCUCGCAGAGGUAUCAGGAGGACCCCCCUCCUCCUUCUCCCAGGAAAACACGGAGGCCAAGUGAAUACUGCUGGGAGCUAUUUGGUUUCCACAGCUCGUCUGCCCCAGGGUGAGGCUCUGACCUCAGUUAGCUCCUCGCAGGCACCCCAGGCCACACGAGGGGCGCCCUGCUCCCCACAACUGGCCCUUUCUCCCAUUAGGACA